CCUAAUGCUUCCUUCAUCCCCUACUAGACUUUAGUAGCUUUUCGCAUUUCCACAAUGUCAGUCUAGCUUUUCCUCACUGUCGGGCGCGUUUUUUUCCUCCAAUGUGUUGGUUCUUUGUGCAAAGAGUUUAGACUAAAUGGCUAGAAAGUUUUCCACCGUUUUCAGUGAAUUUCCACGGUUGGUGACGGAGUACUAGUGCCAUGGUUGGCCACAGCGGGGAAAUGCUCGUGCGGCCACAAUUGUCCCCGAGGGUACCACAAUCGCCACCACAGCAGCAGCACCACCACCAGGACUAUCCGGUGUUUAUUCCGCCGAGGAAGCGCCAAGCCGGCAAGAAAACGCCCAUCGGCAAUCACGUAGAUCAUAUUGUUCAUUUACAGGGAAACAAAAAAGACUGGAAUUUAUCGCCGGAAUCGGACGCGGUGCGCAAAACCAAACGCUGGAACAGCGAGGAAAUCAUAGAGAUCGACAGCACGCGGAAACACAUCAGCCAGGAAGGGAUGGACGAGGACGACGAUUUGAACGAACUGCAGCAGUUUCAUCCGCUCAAGGACAGCUCGACGGUUACGCCGAGUAGCAUCUCGGAGAGCAGUCUGGACAGACGGUCGAGCAAGUCCCACGAGUUGCUCACGGGCGGCAGUGGCAAGCGGUCCAAGAAGCGGGUCAACAUUCGAACGGAUAUGGACGAGAUCAAUGGGAGGCGGACGCCAUCGGCCAUAUGUAACUACGAAGAUUUGGAGUCGGGCGAAACGAGCGUGCUGAACGGCGAUAUGGACCAGUACAGUUUGGAUCGGUAUAAUACGAGACGGUCGAUGUCACCGGAUAACUAUCUCACGUUGACGGGAACUAUCAAGCGUGGUCGCAAAAAGGGACAAUCCGUUGAUGUUCAGCUGAACAUUUCACGCGAAGAGUUGGAGCAGAUCAACAAGCAGGCUCUCGCCGUGCACGAGGAAGUUUGUCGUACAAAGAAGCAGUGCUGCUGCCAGUGUACCCUCCGGGCCGGUCUUCACGUCCUGCUACUAUCGCUCGUAUGUCUGCCAUUCGUCACGCUGACCACCAGCAUUUACUCGUUCUACAUUGGGACCGUCACGUGGUACAACAUGUUCACCUAUUUCAACGAAGAAAAGUCCUACUUUCACAAACUGUUGAUGUCUCCGCUGCUGAUACUGGCCUACCCGCUGGCGAUCGUGUUUUGCACCCUCGGCCUAGGUUUGUACGCCGGGCUGAAGCAGAUCAGUCUUCACUUCACCGCCUGGUUGAACGAGAUCAGCGACGUCGAAAAAGGUUUCUACGGCUGGUUGUGCUCCUUUUUGCACCUGUCCGACUGCAGCCCGUAUGAAGUGGUAAUCCUGACGGACAUUUGUCCCAGCGGGGUGGGAACGGACCAGCCGCUGCAGAGCGAGUCGACCCAGAUCAACUCUUCGACGGAGGAGUUGUCGCUUUAAGCUGGUUAUAUCUAAUUCUCUCUCUCUCGCAAUGGCGUAACUAAUCAUGUAGAUAUCUCAAUCCGCGUCAACUAUGUCUCAACUUGUGUAUAAUUUCGUUUAGGUUAAAAUAUAAUUUGAAGCCCUCACCCUACCAGAGAAGACCCAUCGAACGGCACAAAAGGUACGAGGGACCAACUUUAGAGCACAUUAGAAGGAUAGUUUGAGCACCUGUUUAGUAGGUGUUUUCGUCGGCACUAAUAUUUUAAGUUGAAAAACAGAUCCGCCAGUAGAAUCAAAAGAAAACAACCGGUCUAAUCAGUGGCUUUAUCAAACAUCAGAGUUUCCCGGAAUCCAAGGCAGGCGCAAUUUACAGCUUCAAUAUGAGUUCGGAUCUCACUGCUGCAUGUACGAGGACUCUUUGGAGUUACGGUCUAAGUGUCUCUGCCUACCAUCGUAUUACCUAUUGCCUGGCACGUUUUUGACACAUGGACUCACUCGCAUAGAAAAGCUUGAAAUUGGGCCAUUGCAAAUAUUUUCCAAAGCUUAUGUCCCUUAACUAAUGCAAAGAAAACAUAAUUUUGAUUUACUUGCCAUGUUUAACAUUUCGAUGGAAAAUGUUUGUGAAAUGCAUUAUACUGGUUUACAGUCAUAUGUUUUCAAAAAUCUUUUUUUUUUUUUGUGAUAAAAAUUACAUCACAAAUACAAAUAUCAUAAAAUUCUUUAAUUGUAAUUCUUAAACUUUAAAAUACAAACAUUCUAGCCUUCUCAAAUUUUUAGGUAACACUUUUCUUUAAUUUUAAUAUUUAGAAUAUUAUAAUCUUAUGUAAUUAUGUUUUUUUUUGUGAUUAGGAAAUCUCUCAACUUGUACAAUUCUGAAAAAAAAAAUAAUUUGAAAAAUUCU